GUUUAAUAUCUACCUUCAUAUUUUUAAUCUAUCUACGCUAUAUAAAAACGUAGCUCGCCCGCUUAACUACAUUUGUCCAUCGACCGUAGUGCAAUAAAAAACAAACAAAAAAAAUGGCAGGCCGCGGAAAAGGCGGGAAAGGGUUAGGCAAAGGUGGCGCUAAACGUCACAGGAAAGUGCUCCGCGACAAUAUACAAGGAAUAACAAAACCCGCUAUCCGAAGAUUGGCGAGACGAGGGGGCGUGAAGAGGAUAUCGGGUUUGAUUUACGAGGAAACGCGUGGCGUGUUGAAAGUAUUUUUAGAGAACGUCAUCCGCGACGCGGUCACAUACACGGAGCACGCGAAAAGAAAAACUGUGACGGCCAUGGAUAUUGUCUAUGCUUUGAAGAGGCAAGGGCGUACAAUAUACGGCUUUGGUGGUUGAUGGAUACAUGAAUCAAAUUUGUUGUGAAUAAAUUGUUGUAAAUUAAUUUGUUGUUGUUAUUUAUAUUUUUGACAAGGUCCUUAUGAGGACCGCA